AUGUGGGCAACCGUUAUCAUCUACAUAUUAAUUCUUCUAUCAUCUAUUGCGGGAAUUAAUUAUCACAUCAAUGUCUUUAAAUACCCAGCAUACCUAAUGGUUCCAUUGACGUUGGCUGUUUUCAUCCCAUUAUCAUUGGUUUAUUUAUUGCCUAUUGAUUGGACCCAAAAGACUUCCGAGGGUGAUCUAUGGCUCAGCUUACCAGAUAAUGUUAUAUUGAAUAACUGGAAAGUGAAUUAUUGGAUUACGUUUGCAUUGACAUGGUUUAUUUUACCAAUGUUGCAAGAAUUUUACAGAUCUGGGUAUAGUAGUACCAUGGGGAAGAUUCAGGAUGCGUUUAAACAAAACUUGAAAUUUCAAGCAAUGAUGUUGGGUGUAUCUGUUUUGGGGAUUCUUUAUUUAAUGCUUGAAGCUGGAUUAAGUUUCAACCAUUUGAAGUUGAUGGUGAUUGCACUUUCACAUAUCUAUUCUUUAAUUUUGGCCACCUGGUUAAUGGGACAUGGAAUGAUAAGUAUUCCAAGAAAUUGUUGGAUCAAGGGAUCAACUGCCAGUGAGUUGCGUCAUAAUUAUUUGCGAUUGCUAAGAUUAUCUGAUGAUUUGGAAGAUACUAAAGUAUCAUUUAAAGAUGAUGUUUUACAAGUAUUGAGAUUGAAACUUAAUUUCACCAGUGAUGCAGUAGAAGACUUUGAAUUUAGAGAUACGAUCUUGGGAAUGUAUUCCAAAAUUCCAGAAGAUAUUAGAGAACAAGUCGAGAGACAGUACAUGCAUGAUAAUACAAUCAUUGAAAGAGAUCAAGUAACACCAACAUAUAUGAGCAAGUUACAAUCGGGUUUUAACAACAACUUGCACAAGUACGUGGGAUACGAAUCUGCAUUCAACUCAAUGAUUCUGAGAAUUGUUGAAUUGGAAAAACCAAGAACCAACGAACUCAAAAAUUGGAUCAAACCUGUUGCCAAUAGAGUUGGUGCUGUUAUUUUAGCAAUGGUUUCAUUUAUUAUUUUAGAAUCGGAGUUUUUCCAUUCCACUAGACUUUCUUUGUUAAAUGUGUGUAUUUUUACCAGUGGUGCUUUCAAAAACGGUACUGCUCAAUUUUUACUCGCAGCAGCCUUUUUUGCAUACAUGCUCUUUGCUGCGUUGUCGUCCUUGACACAAUUGAAGAUUUUCAACAUGUAUCAUUUAGUUCCUAGAAAUUCCGAUCCAGUUCUGGCCUGUUGGUAUACCAUGUACACAGCGAGAAUGGCUAUUCCUUUGAGUUAUAACUUUAUUACACUUGCGGUUGAUAGAAGCUGUAUCUUUGAAACUUGGUAUGGGCAAUCAAUAAAACUUACUGGGUUAUUUAACUUGUUGAAUAACUGGAUCCCAAGGUUGAUUUUAAUCCCAGUGUUUUUAAACAUGUUCCAUGUCUAUGAUAAACUCAAAAGAAAGAUUGGAUGGGCAAAUUUUGAUGACGACGAAGAUGAUAAUGCCAACGAUCCAAGAUUCUCCAAUAUCGCUGAGGCUAAAAGAAUAGUCAAUCGUGAAGUAUCUCGUCGUGAAUUGCGAUUACGUCCUUUCAAUUUAACCAAUUCCACCACUAGUACCACGCAUGAAGACUUGGCAAAUAUGAAUUACGAGAGAAACAGAAGAGAAUUCCAUGAUUCCUUGACUAGUGGUAGGAUAGAUCACGACGAUUCCGAACCGGUCAUUUAUAACGGAUCUGUAGUGGAACCUGAAUCCACAGGCAAUAGGUUGUGGUCAUCAUUGAAAAACUCGAUUAAUGGGUGGAGAAACGGUACCCCAACCACUGCCACGAAUAAUAGACCAUAUAGAGACAAUCCUAAUGGUGAUGAUGAAGAUGACGAAGAGAAUUUGAUUUUAUAG